AUGAUGCAUCACGCCCCGAAGAGAGCCCGGCCGUUGAUCGCUAUCGCAUCGCUGCUCCUCUGCGUCCUCGUCUACCUGCACAUACGACCUUUCCAGGCUCUUGAGACCCAUGGAUCGCCCAUCUCUCUCGAUCCGGCCCGGCCAGUGGCGCCAAAGGAGCACAAGCUCGUGCCCCUGGAGGCGCACAUCAUGAGCAAGUGUCCCGAUGCGAGGGAUUGCCUACGCGAUAUGAUCCUGCCAACGAUGCAGCGCGUCCACGACAAGGUCAACUUCACGCUGUCCUUCCUAGGAACACCAACUGCCAACGACGGCGUCGACUGCAAGCAUGGCCCUGCGGAGUGCAUGGGCAACAUCCUCGAACUUUGCGCCGCGAAACUGUACCCUGACCCCAAAACCUACCUCGGAUUCACGAUGUGUAUAACAAGGGACUACAAGGCAAUCCCAGAACGGAGCCUGAUCGAGGACUGCGCACUCGAGCAUGCUAUCGAUGCAAAGGCGCUCAACGACUGUGCCGUCAAGGAUGACGGUGGGUUCGGCUGGCGUCACGAAGAGCUGUACGGUGCGACUGGACGAGAAGAUCUACUGCAUCCGUGA